AUGGAGGAGUUAAUAGGACUGAUGGACUUCUCGGUGGGCUCGGCCGAAGAGAGGGGUGAGAUUCCUGGCUUUUUUGUCAAGUUUUGCCCAAGAAGAUCUCAAGAAACACUCAAAAACACCUGCAGAUUUGAAGAUAUUCUUGGUUUUAUUUGUUUAGUUCUUGAUUUCUUUCCAUACACUGUCUCCAAAGCAUCACAAAAUCCAAGCAGACAGUAAACAGUUCCUCUGCUUCACAGACUUCAGUGUGGCGACAGAUAUAAAACCUCAUUUGAACUUAAUGAUAGAUUGGUAUUGAGUUAGUCUGUGUUUGAGAUGCAGUCGUUCUUCCUCUGGUGAUGCUUUUGUCUGUCUUUUCUGGGGGCUCACUCUCACUAACAUCACGCAUUUGCUGGUGUCGGGUUUCUGUCGCUGGUCCUCGCUCUCUUGGGGGUUCAGAGGUGUAAGUCAUCCUCGGGGUUUUCCUUCAACAGUCAUGACUGAAUGUAGAAGGACAACUCAUCGCCGUCUAAAGAUGGCUUGGCCCCAAAAGACGACUGAUUAUAUGAAGGAACCAAACAGAGACAAACAUAUAAUCAGCGUUUUUGUCGUCUGCUUGUUCUUCUCUUGUUGUGUGAGUCAUUUCCAAAUGAAAGUUUAUAUAUAAAUCGUUUUAAAGAAGUAGUUACAUAAGAGUGAGGAAAAAGAAGAACAAGCCAACGUAGUCAGGACAUAAAAUGCGCAGAAGACAAUUAAAACAUGUGAGUUUGAAGACUUCUCAUGCUGUCCUUUGAGCUGCUGUUUGAAGUUGUUCCAAAGCAGAAAAGCAACAGCAGCAAAAAUAAAUCACCUUUAGAGUUUUAUCCCCGACCCUGACACAGACACAACUCCCUACAAGGAGGGAGGAUGAUGAGGAGGGGGAGGAAGAAGCAGCAUGAAAUUAAUAUGGAAUUUACUUUACAUCUGAGUCCAGUAAAACUCAACAAGCCACAGUUAGAGAUAAAGAUGCCUCCUAGUGGAAGAAAGCCUCAAUUAGACUUAAUUAUAUGCAGCAAGUUUAUGAUAAGCGUGAUAUGAUUUACACAAGUUUGAGGCAUUCUUGUACUUUGUUUACAUUUUGCAAAGAGUUUAAGGACAUUUUUAUGAACAGAAACAGAUUUAGGGAGUUUUCUCUAGAGAUUGAAAGUUCAUUACUAGAAUUAAAUAAAUUUCCAAGCAUAAGGGUGUAAUUACCUGAGGUUUUCAAAAGUAUUCAUAACUGUGGUUUAGCUGUUAUUACAUUUUUACAUCAUUUAACCAUCUCAGAAACUCAGAAAAGUGAAAGUGUCUGUUCUACAAAUGUAUUUUUCAGCAUAGGAAGAAAAUUCGUGACACCCCCAGAAAAGGCAGACGUGACAUUUAGGUUUAACUUUUUAAAGCACACAUUUGUACAUUAUUAUCGUUAUCAUUUUUCAUCCUGACAUGGAUUUCUACUAUAAGAAUAAACAGACACACAGAAAUGUUGGUGCCACUUUCUAAUUUUUAUUUAUUGUCCAGAAGUCUGAAAUAGUAGGUUUUUAAACUGUAAUUUAGUAUUAAUCUUAUGCUUUAUUCAGCAGUUAUAGGCCACUGAUGAGAACAAGCAACUACAAUUGUUUUUAAAGCUCAUGUGAGGGAUUUUAGCUGCUUUAAAAUCAAGUAACAUUGAAAUAAAUAAACCUAAAGGACUUACAGAAAAAAUAUAUCAUCAGAAUUUCUUGUUUUUGAUGCCUGUCAUCGACGGCUGCCACCCACUAGGUGUCAGAGGAAGAGGUUAACAGCUGCAACAACAGACUUUGUUUACAUUUCUCACAACUGAGAUUCACACUGAGUGAUUUGAGUGACUAUUUAGGGAGAGCAGACUCUAUUAUGACAUAGCGCAAAUUUUACAUACAAACAGGAUAUGAUCAGUAAAGUGGAAACAAGAUAUGAUUUUGUCUACAGGUGGCGCCAAAAGGGAUCAAAAAGUGGAAAUUCCCAUAAAGAAACAGUUCAGUUUUGUUUUUUCAGAGGGGUGAUUAAAGCUCCUGUGAGUAACUGUCUUCUUAUGUGUCUUAUCCCACAAACACUCCCCUUAUGAACAAAGAAGUAACUGUGAAAUUUCUUUCAAUUUCGCUCUGAGUAUGUUUUGUUUUCUGACAAAAAACAAACUCAUCUUGCGAAAAAGUCUCACUUACUGUGAGAAAAGCACUAAGAGUUUGUUCAGUGCGAUGCCAAUCAUCCCUCUGAAACCUAUCAUCUUUAAAUGGUUACAGUCAUCCACAAUCACAGUUUAGAAACUGUCAGUCUGGUCUCUGAUGGUCUCUUUUAUAAGUCCCGAGGAAGCAUUGCUGUCAUAACCACCAAAAACCUCCUCACAGGAGCUUUUAUCUCACGUGAUUUAGUGGCCAUCACUUUGGGGGAAAAAAAAGUCGGGAGCUGUUUGAUACUAAUGUCUUGGUCAAUCCAGAUCAUUUUAAGCAGAGUAAUCGUUAGCACAUGUCUUAAACGAGUCAAGCAAUUUGAGCAACCCAUCUAAUCUUGAAAAUGCAAGCCAGAACACUUACUCUGUGUCUUAAAAUAAUUUCAGUUUUUGCAAUAUUUCAAAACCACUCGGGUCUUCGUUGGGUAACACUUAAAAAGAAAUCACAGCUAUAUUUACCUCGAAUAAAUCUGAUCUCAUUGAUAGAUGUAUUUGUUUUUUUAAUGUCUCAAUGUUGGGUGGUAGUCUUAGUCAUUGGAAAACACCUCACUGGGGUUAAAUCCACUCUUCAUAAGCGUACUGUCUUGAUGGGAACAGAGCCACAAACAUGAGCUUGCAUCCUGUCUCGUUCCCGGUUUAUUCAGUCAGGUUGAAUGCUUAAGGAAGGUCUAUUAAAAAAUUGUCCUGAAUAACCCCCCCCCCCCCUUAGAGAAGCACUCACAACUUGUAUUUAUUGAUGGCUUAUAACUGAUCCUUUAAGCAUUAUCAAAAGAUUAGUGAGUUACUAUGAGUUACUGUAUGGAGACCCUGCAUUAGAAACUGGCACCAACUCUUAUUGUGUCAUCUAUCAAUCAAUGUCAUAUUAUUUAAACAGCUGAAGCUAAACAGUCUCCAGCAUGCCAGUCAUUCAACACCGUAGUUAACACUUGCCAAGAGGGAUUACCUUGCAGAAGUUUAAAUAACAUAGUUUGAUUUGCUUUCCUGCCAGAAGCUGUUCAGUGUAUGUAUACAGUGUAAUAAUUUUUCUCGCUCUUUAUGAUCCAUCAGUCGUGACAGAAACCGUUACAACCACCCGGCUGACUUCUCUACCACCAAGUGAGUGUCUCUCUCUCUCUCCCAGACUCGUUUUCUUUAAUUAAUGCCAGUAAAGUGUACACAUAUUACAGUAAUUAUAGCCGAGAGGUCCUGAAGGAAGCACCCGAUGAGUAACAGCUUCUCUGUGUUUUGCUGUGUGUCUUCUCGUUGCUAGAGGGAACCAGCGGAUCAAAUCACAGGAAUAUGUCCAGCAGUGCUGGAGGGCUGGGCUUGGAGAAGAAUGUCUUAACCCAGAACAGCAGUGGAACGUAUUUUACUUCAUGUGAGCACAUUUCCACUCGUGGCACAAAAUUUGGGAAGUUGUGUGAGGCAGCAUGGUAUAUUUUUACCCCCCUGUGGCGAGAACAUGUAUCCUGGUUUAACCUUGGAUACCACUUGCAGUUUUUUCCAGGCAGUGAUAGAGGAAGUGUUUAUAUCCUUCACUGAGGUUUUGGCAACAAAACACACCUUGAGUAUUAAAAGGAAAAGUAGGCCCUAAACACCAUGUUAUACGCCCUAUACUAUUGUACAGUCAAUUUUCCAUGAAUUAAGGGAUAUAUUUUCUAUUUCUGAGUUUAAAUUCAAGGCACCUUUACUAAGUGUUUUCUUUUUAUGACACCGUAAAGUUAAACUCUACUCUGACUUUAUGUCAAGCGUGGCUUCUGGUAUUUUACAAGUUAAGAGCAACGUUAAUGAAGAAUUUUUAAAUUGCUUCAUGAAAAUUUUAACCAAUUUUAUCCUAAGGUGAAAAUAUGGCUCUACAAGAACAAGAUAACUAAACUGAAAAAGUAAAAUCAUGAAGGAAAAACCUGUAGUCUUUUAUUUUUAUGAUUUUAUUCCAUACAUACUGUAUGUCAAGUAUUUUAGGUGGGUAAUAAAUCUUUCAUUUUUUCAGCUGUGGCUGUUUUGCACCAAUAGAUGCACUAAGCAUCUGUUUUUCCACUCCUCUAGCAGCAGAAAGUCUCAUGCAAGAAGUUUACAAUAGUUCACUUUAACAGCAUGGUGGUUGUACUUUCAUUAAAAAUGAAUCUAAAUAUGGUCUCCACCACUGCUCAUAAAGUAGCAUGUUGUAAUUUGUUAGAAAGGAGCUUAUUUGUCACUUUGAAGUAAUCUUAAAAUUCCUGGGAAUAGGGCCAUUUUUGGUAGGAGUUACAGGGAAAAUCAAUAAAUACACUUUAGAUUUUAAAAUAUAGUGAACAGCUGGUAUAAAUAAGCACAGUUGAAAUCUUUUUUUUCUGUAAAAUAUACUGCUUUCACUCCCCUAAUCUUUUUGUUUUUGUCUGAAAACCUCUUUUCGAUCAGCACUACAUUUUGUUUUUUGCAAUUAUAAGCAAUGAAAGUAAAGGCAAGGCAAAACAAGGUUAUUUAUAGAGCUCAUUUGGCAACAAGGCAAUUCAAAAUGUAAUUGGAAAAAAAACCUGUAAAUUGUGCCUAAAAUUUGUGCUCAAGUAAAAUUAGUUUUUUUGUCUUUACAAACGGCACAACUACAGGAAAUAAAAGAUGAUAAACAUGAUAAUUUGUCUUUUCUCCUUUCAGCCUCUGUAGGGGUGAACACCAGCAACUACAGCUCCUCCUCAGGGGUUUACCUGGGGGGAGGCUCUUCAGGUGAAGGCGAUGGAGGGGGGACCUACAUAGAUGGAGAGUUGUUUGGAGGUGGAAUUGGAGGUGCAGGAGGAGGAGGAGGACUAGGAGGGGUAGGAGGAGGAGCAAGUGGGGGAAGAUCCAGCAGCAGUUACACAGUGAGCUCUGUGUCAAAGGUCAGGUCCAGCUCGUCAGGCGGUGCCAGGCGUGCUCAGACUGCUGGCUCAUCAGGAGGUCUGUCGCCAGUUUUCCGGGAGAGGAAGACCAUAUCGAGCCGCUCAGUGGGUUAUGACGGUGAGAUUCUGUUAAUAAAACAAACUCGGCACCGUUUGUAACAGGUGGUGCAUGAGGCAGAGGCUAAAGAAAAAGUGAAGGAAACUCCCAUUGAGCAUGAGGGUGCUGUUAAUAAAUCUGCUGCUAUUGUGUUUUCUUCUAGGAAGUUCUAGUGCAAAUUCCUCCCCAGAGUUUACACGCAAGGAUUAUGGAAACUAUUGUAAGUGAGAAAGAAAGCAGCAUGAGAUUAAACACUCUCUGAUUACCGUUUUUAUCCUCAUAUGUUCCCUCUGUGUGCGUUUUUCUCUUUUCUAAUCAGGCUCGGGUGGCACAAGAGGGAGGAGCGAGAGCAGAGGUAUUCAAGAAUAGUUUUUUUCCCCUCCCUCUGGUCAUUAUUUCUGCACCAUCUGACUCUGAAUUGUCCUGCCUCUCUUUUUUAUUAUUAAACCAGGAUUUCUUUUUCCAAUGUGUUUUGUGAUUUCUUUCCAGAGAGCGAGAUCAGAGCCAGAUUACAAAGCGCCUCUCCAACAGCCUGCAGAUGUAAGACCACUUGAGGCACAUUGAUCCAAUUGCCGCUGGUUAUGCAAUCCCUCAUAAAGCAUCUUUAUUCAAGUGUUCAUUCAGAGCCAUUUGGAUAGUGAGCGUUUUGUACUUAGGGGUUACAUUAGGGCAGGGAGUUUGUUGAGUUAUCUUGCCGUCAAAUGCUUUAGUAUACAGUAUAAAGCACAUAUAGGACAUUCUUCUUCACUCAUCUCUCCUCACAUGUAUGUUUAUGUCCGUGAAAUUGUGAUUAGUUACACAUGUGCAGCUCCCACGGACAGAUGGAGGAUAUACUGCACAUCAGCAGAAAGAAAAGGGUGGAGCUGAAGUGAUGAAGCUCACGUGUUUGUUUGCAUUGUGUUCAUGUGAGGAAGAAGUUAAGAGCCAAAUCUGUGGUGGCAACAAAGGCAGAAAUGAGUCACUGUGUGCAGUUUCAAUCAAAACAGAAGAUAGUCAAAGUUUUGAAGAAGUUAGUGCUCCCCCUGCUGACUAAAGUCUGAACCUGCGAUUACUUAAUCCACAUUUUUCUACAUUUACUCAGUCCGGGCAACUUCAGCCUCACCAAACCUCAGCUGGGCAGUAGUUUGCUUGUUGAGUAAAUGUGGAAAAAGUUUGUACUAUUACAUAAAAGAAAACCCAGUAGCAUUUAGGGGCUUGUACUUUCUGUUUUUCUGCUCCCGAUAGUCAAAGUAGAUUAUACUCAAGAUGACGCACUAAACUUUUAACUUCAUUUUGUUUUUAUGUACCAUUGCUGGGACUUUGAAGAAACACUCAAUACAUAUUACUAGCUAAUGGAGGAGGUUUUGCCAUAAUUUCUUUAUGAACUUCUACAUAAGAACAGUUAUCAUUAUAGGAGUUUUUGUGAGUCAUUAAGUAAUGUAGUGAUAGCACAAGAAAAAACUGUUACAAACUCCUUAUUGAGCAGACAAGUCUUUAUGGAUUGAACAUUUCUAACAAUAACAUAAAUUUAUACCACAGACUGUAUAUACUAUGGACAACUUGGUUCCGCCUCCUGCCAGUAUACGGAUUUGAAACCAAAAAGUUCUCGGUAAUUCCGCGAUUUUUCUUAAUUUCCUGAAACCAGCAUUGCACAGUAGCAUUGUACGCAUGAACAUGAACCCUCUAAUAACUUUUUAAAAACGAAGCUUCACGGGAAAAAGAGGACUUGAGCACAAACCAGUCUCACUGUAACUACAUGUCAACAUCACAAGCAGGGGGGAGAAAAAUAGAUUUUCUGUGUAAUAAAUUUCUAAAGUUUGUCCACAGCCCCAUAAGCUUUGCUGGUAGAGGCGGGAUUUAUGACCUAUACUGCAGCCCGUCACCAGAGGGUGCUGUUCUCACCCUGCAAGGAGGCAGACACUGUCCAUUCUAUAUACAGUCUAUGGUUUAUACCCAAAUACACCUUAGUUUUACUGACUGAUAUACUUCUGCUGUAUAAAAAUCAGGUUAUUAUUGAUAGUUUGAGACAUAUAUAAUAGAACAGCUCAUAAAUAAGCUUGAAAUGUUUUCGUAUAUGUGUUCAAAUACUCUAAAAAACCUCUUUGUUAAUGCUUACUGUAUUGUACUUAGUAAGUUUGGAUUGUGUACUUUGCAGGGACAGAGCUGGAUGACGUGAAGAAGCUGCUGAAAGGACGCUCUAAUAGCGUCAGCCCCACACGUUCCUCCUGCGCCUCCAUCACCCUGCCUGUACCUAAAAAGACCACUGUGGAAUCUAAGACCAGCUCAGUUGCCACUCAGUCGGGUAUAUGUCCUUACCAGUGUUACACUCAUGCACAUACUUUACAUAUUCAGACAACUUGUCUCUCUGUCGGGGUUAUAUGGUUUGAAUUUGCCUCGGUUUGUUCCUCUUCUGAAACAGCUUAACAUUCCCAGGUGCUUUCAAUUCUUCCUCCUUCAGGAAGAAAAAAAUCAUCUGUCAACCAAAUGUUAUGAUAAAAUAUGAGAGGCACAAAUUGGGGUAAAGUUGAAAUAAGAAAGCUUUGAACUCAACAAAUGUUCAUCUUGGUAUCUUUUCUCUUUUGCAGGUUCUCCUAAAUUAAGCUCUGCUGGGAGAUCAGGCGGGUUCCAAACCAUCCAAACAACAACCCUUUAUGACACUGGUCUGACAAACGGGCAGUAUGAUACUGGUUUAAAAUCAAGUCAGUACGACGUCACUGUAAAAUCAGGUCAAUAUGAUACUGGUUUGAAAUCAAGUCAGUAUGAUGUUACCAUGAAGUCAGGUCAAUAUGACACCAGUUUGAAAUCAGGCCAGUAUGACACCAGCUUGAGAACAGGCCACUAUGACUCACUGGACACCAUACUCCCAUCCUUUACUUGGUCCACCUCGACGCUGCCCGUCGCCUCCACCUCUGUGGUCACUGGCGGCACCAGCAGCUACACAUACCAGGUUGGCACCAACAACAUGGGAGGAGGAUUAUCAUCACCAGUUGGCCUCACUUCCCCUUCGUCACUGUCAGGUGAGACCAUGGACUGAAUUUGACCUCAUCUGUCCAAGCAGGCGUGGACUACAGUUUUUGCAUUAUUGCACUAUUCCUGUGCAAAAAAAUCUUGCCAAAUAACUUGUUAUCUAAAAGUGAAACACAACAUCUCGUCUUUGCAGUGUACGGCUUUCAGAAUAACUUGGCGUCUACCUCUGGCAGUGUGCUCACCACCAGUGGAGCCAAUGUUAACGGUAGCGCUGGAGGUACAACAGAAAGUUUCUCAAAUAUCUCAACACUGUUACAGAUUUUUACACUCAAAAAACUCCACUUAUGUCACACUUUUGACCCAUGAAUGUGUGUUUGUAUUCGCAGGUUAUGGUGUUCAAAAGAACAUGUCAAAUAGUGGUGGUCUCAUCACGACUGGAUUCGCUUCAAGUAUGUUUCCCAACAGCUUAAAAUCCCACUUAUCUGAUAAAGCCAAAAGUAUGUGAUUCCUGACAGAUGUAUGUGUGUUCACCAGCCACGAGAUCCCAGCCUGACGAUGUUUAUAAGAAGGACAAGUUCAUCUGUGACAAGGAGAACUUCCCCGUAAAGAGGGACACUGAGAUGCUCAUUUUGGCCAAAGACAGUGGGAAGCAAUUCACCACCAGCGGCAGCAGUGUUCAACUCGGAGGAGGUACGUUUGACUUUUGGCGCCCCCCUCUGGAGAAACACCGGAAAUUUUCACUAGCGAGAGGAGCCAAUGAGGUUUUUAAGGUCUUCAGUAGGUGUCAGAUUCCGAUAAAUACACAAUCAGGAUAGCAUUCCCUGCGACCUUAAUGCUAACCACUCAGAGGCUGUCAAUGGAGAAGAGGUCAUGACCUUUCUGGCAGCAUUUUGAUUAUUUUAGCCUUCUGCAUCUGCUCAGUCCCAACUCAAUAUUGAUUAUGCAGAAAUAGAGUCAUCAGAUUCAUUUUUCACAAUUUAUCUGACACUACUAAUAGUUGUUUUGAUAUUUUCCCCCCUUUCUUUCAGUCGGUAUGAAAACAGAGAGCAGCCAUGCUUAAUGAAAGUAUCUUCAGAUAAUGAGUUAAUUUGUAUCUCAGCAUUUCAAAGCUAGAGCUUCUGAGAGAACCGGUUUAUGAUUUAGUUAAGGAAAUCUAACACAUGUAAAAACAAACCUUUUUGUUUUGGGGAGCUAACAUCUGUUAGUCUGUUAGAAAUUAGUAGCUGGUUAGUUUAAUCAUGGUAAGAGUAAAAGCACUUUGGUUUCAUUCAUGGAAAAGUUUAACAUGUUAUUGCUGUUAAGCAGCAUUAAAGGAACCACAGGGCACUUUUUAGCUUUCUAAUGUGAGUCUAAAAAUCAAUGCUCUGAAUGAGGUACUUUAUUUGAAUUAAUUAAAACCUUAUUUUCCCCCAUUUUUAUUUUAUUUGACUUUAACUUCUAUUAAUUUUUCCAUUUGUAUUUUUAUUGGAUUUUGUUUAUGUUAUUUUAAUUGAAUUAAUUCUAUUUAGUUCUAUGUGAUUUUAAUUUAUUUUACUCAAUUUAAUCUGUGUUUUUUAAAUUUAAGUUGUUAAAAAGAUACAUUUUUAAAAUUCCAUUUUAGUGUGAUUUAAUAUAUUUUGUUCAAUUUCUUUUUGUAUUUGUAAUUUUAUUCAUAUAUUUUUAAAUUUUCAAAUUUUAUUUCAUUUUGUUGAUUUUUAAGAUUUAAUCUCACUUUAUUUUUUAUCUCAUUUUAUUUUAUUUUAUUUUUUUUUUCACAUUUCAUUCUGUUAUUUUGUUUCAGCCUUUUCACCUUUUAAAUUUGUGUUUUAUCAUCCAUAAUGUCGCUUGUGUGUCGUGUUAUGUAAUGUCUGGCUUUUUAACAGAUUUUUUAAAACUCUUUAUUUUUUUGUUCUCUCUGCUCAAAAGAAGUAUCAAAAACUAAUUAAAAUCAAUCCUACCUAACAGGGUCGCUAUCUGGAGAUUCAAUCAAGAAAGAGAAGCUGAUUUCCAGCUACAGUGAGACGAUGCCUCUGAAGGUGGAGACAGGAAACUCUUACUGUGAGUGCCCAUCAGAAUACCUCUAAAACAUCACUUUUAUUCUGAUUUCUAAAAAGUAAAUCAUAUUUGUUUGCUUUUCCUCUUCAGAUGGACCAAAAGCUGGGAUGAAAGACAAAGCAACCUAUGCAGGUAUUUCUAUCUGCAUGUGUCUAUCUUGUAUUUAUUUCAUGAUGUAUGUUUAAGUUGUUUGAAAACGAGGAUUUUAUGUCUGUCUUCAGAGAUCAACAGGGAUAGCGGCGCCUUCGGAGGAGGAGGACUUUGCUGCUGUGCCGACUCUUGUUGCUCCUGGUGGAAGUGGCUGCUUGGUCUCCUACUCCUCUCCCUGCUCCUUUUGGGACUCCUGUUCGGGCUCAUUGCACUGGGUAAGGUCAAAUUAUACAUAAGUGUGAGAGUACACUGAGUGAAAUAAAAAUCUCUCUGAAGAUUAGACCUGAGGAGUCAUGAGAUCCUCUGUGGAGCUGCUCAGGGUGGGACUCUUUUCAAACCAAUGAAAUGUGUUUCAGCUUUUACAGGCUGGUGAGCUUUAUUUCACUGUGUUGCUAAGAGCUUUGAGACAGUAAAAGAACUCCUUUCCCUGGAAAUUUGAUCUCUGGGUACUGUCCUGCUGCCAUAAAGGCGGUCUGGCAUUCAUUGUCAGUGGAUCAGCUCCAGAAAUUGUUGCUGGAUGACAUCAGUGACUCCAGUUUGUUUUUCUUGCAGCAAGAGGUGUUUAAAUAGUCAUGUCAAAAAUUCUAUAAAAACAACCAGGUGAUAAAAAUGUUAAGUUUCUGCUUGUAAAACAUGGAUUUAAAAUACAUACUAUCUCUUAUGUAAAACUGUAAAUCCUCAGAAUUGGAAGUUUAUCUCUUGUUUUAUCAAGCUGAAGUUUUUUUAUGAUUAUCCAAAAGUAUAUAUAUGAUUUAUCUGUGAAUGCAAACUAAACUCUGGCUGGUCAAAGUUAGGUCCAAAUAAGUAUAAUCAUGUUUUAUGUUGGACUCAGUGGGACUUCUUUGUACCAAGGACUCCAUUACCAUUAUGUCUCUUAUUAACCAGCAUAUAAAACCCUGCAUUGAUUGAGAUGACAUAAAAAGCUCCUCCAUAAAAGUACAAACCAGUCCUGCAGACUACAAUGUUAAAAGUUUUCUUCACUAUCCACACAGUCCACUGUUGGUUGACUGAAUUCAAGGAGACACAGGGAGUAGGAAUUGCAAAAAGCUGAUUCAGCGCACAUCUAUUUCUGCUAAUUUGUCAAAUUCCAAACUCAAAGAGGUUAAAAAAGUUCAGGCCCAAUGCUGAUGAACUGAUUUCACAACAAGUAACAGUGUACAUCCCGACUCAGCACUGACAGGCUUUGCAAAAACUCUUCUCUAAAUAAAGGUCGCUCGUUUUAUUUUUGGUCUUGAGUGAUCUGUCAGGAGAGAUUAGUUGCUGUGUGGAUUAAAAUAAUGGGAUUUUUUCCCAUAAAGCUUGAUGAUGAUAGUAAGAAACAUAGUCAGUUAAAUCCAUAAAACAUGCAGAACAAUACUGGACAGGGGAUUUGAAAAAGCUGCACAUACUUUUGAGCAUGACUCUCUCUUAGAGACACUGAAUGACUGCUGCUUAUAGCAUUGCUAUUUUCUGCAGUGCUAAUAGCAGAAAAUAAUCCAGGCUAUUACAGUUAAAGUGUUGUGACUAGUCUUUAUUAAAAAGUAAGUUAAUUAUACAAAAAUCAGUCAAACAACAGAAAUAGUUUAUUAUUUAGGAUCACUUUUAAUCUCAUGCUCCUUUUUUGUUACUCAGCGGAGGACGUGAAGAAGCUGAAGAAUCGGGUUGCUACUCUGGAGGCUGAGUCUUCAGUCGUUGCUGCUCGCACCAGUCGUAUCUCAGGCUCAGACAAUGACAUCUACGUGGCUGGAGGAGCAGGAGGUGGCGGCACGGACACGUCAAUACACCUGGGUGCUGGAGGUGGAGAAGGAGGCAGCCAAGGAAGAAUUGCAGUAGCCGGUGCUGGCGGCUUCGGUGGUGGAAACGGCAUCGCAGGAGGUACUGCUGGUGGGGCAGGUGGGGCUAGCGGGUCUGGCACAGCCAGUGCAAGAGGUUCUGGCACUGUCUCCAGUGGCAGUGCAGGCAGUACUGGAGCCGCUUAUGGUGGUGGCGUUGCUGUGAAUGGAGGACAAGUGGAUGCUGCUUCUCUUCAGCUGAUGAUCCAGACCAUGUUAAGAAAUGAAAUGCAGUCGCAGACAUUCAGAGGUACUUCUCAUCCUCACUGCCCAACAAAAUAUCAUACAAACACCUAAAUAAAAAACACUUUGAAACUAAACUCUUAUUUUUUGGUCUCAGCUCUUCUAGCAUCCUCCAUACAAGGAGAGAGAGGACUGCCUGGACCUAAAGGUCAGAGAGCGAAUCCUUCACUGUUCAAAAUGUUUUUACAUUAAAAUUCAUGUCUGUUUAUUGUCAUGCCUCUUUUCUACACCAUCUACUUCACAUGCUCAUUGUUUUCAAAUCUGUGUUUUACCUGUCACAGGAGAUGCUGGUAUCCCUGGACUUAUGGGUGAGAGACAUUUUUCAUGUUUUAUUAAUAGUAUUUUUCAUUUUUUAAGGAAUUUUUCUAUCACUCACACAUGUUUUAAAUACUAUCAUUUUACUGACUGUGACCUUUGACCUUAGGUGCUCCAGGUGCUCCAGGUCCUGAGGGUCCCAAAGGACAGAAAGGAAGCCAAGGUAUGUAAACACUUCAGUUUAAACCACAAAAUGCAGAUUAUUAUCUACAGGAAUUGAUUGUCUGUAUCUGAAAUACCUGAUCAGGUGAUCAUGGAGUGGACGGGGCACCAGGAAUCAGGGGUAGGGAUGGCCCAGCUGGCCCCAGAGGUGAGCCUGGACCUUCAGGUGUUGGAUCAAAAGGUGAAAAAGGUAAGGCAGAGAUUUCGUGCAGAAACAGAAACUGCAUAUUUCUCAAUGAUUCUUAACCCUAGAACACUAUCGCUAAAAUUAGUAACACCAUCACUAUCGCCGGGGGAUUUUUACCUGAAAUAAUACACCCAAGAAAAAGUAAAUGUCAUCAAAAUAUAUCAAAAUAGGACAAUAUGUGACAAAUUAAAGUAGUUUUCUUUAAUUUUCAACUGCGCAAUGUCCACAGUGAGGAAAAAAGUGCCAUGAGGGGACCGUAUAAAAAAUGCAACAGAAUAACUGAAAUCAGGCAUUUAUGAACAAAAAGUUCCUAAAAAAAUAUAGAGACUGUAAACUUAGUUUCUUCUCCACCCAUUCCUUGGACAUGUGAGUCUUCCCUGGUGAAGGCUCAGGGUCUUUGGCACAAUAACAGCUGCAGGAGAGAGAACCAAAAUAUGGCAGAUUUUGAGUGAGUGAAAAUAACCAGCUGACCAAAAUAUUUCUGAUCACCAUAUGAAUUCCCUUGAAAAUCACUACUUUGUGAUGUUUGGUCAGGUGAAAAUCACCCGUUGAUAGUGUUCCAGGGUUAAAAAAAAAUGUUUAUAUGAACCGUGUCAGAGUAGACACUAAUAUUUUUGGAUUUUUGCAGGUGCUCCUGGAGAUCCUGGAGUUCCUGGACCUGUUGGUCUGGCUGGACUUAAAGGUGAGCACCCUGAAGUUGCUUCCUUAAACAAAACAUCAUAAAUCAAUCUGUAGAAAUGUAUUACUCCAAACAAACACCAGAUGGCAGCAUAGAGUCAGUUCACCUCUAUAGUUAUGAUCUCAGUUUUAGACAAGCAGAAAAAUGCACAUUUUCAUGCAAGCUUUGUAUGCGUGUCACUUUAUUGUCAUUUCCCAGUUUUAUUCAUAGGUGGAUGGUACAUUUUUAGUUCCCACCUAGGCUUUUGAUUCUUAAUGUGCUUUGUGUAACAGUGAUGUGCAGUGAGGCUUGUAUAAACUUCUUGUUCUCCUCAAUAAUAAAAAUGUUCUUUGCUUCAGGUGAAUCUGGAUCUCCUGGAAUCCCCGGGCCAGCAGGUGAGCCUCUUCCCUCAUUUAUUUCAGGCAUUUCAGCGUCUAGAAACCUUUAGUAAUGAAAUAUAUCAACAGCAACAACAAAGGUAACUGAAAUCACCCUCACUUAUUCAUUUUUAUUUCUUGUUACAGGCCAACCAGGUCCUCAAGGUUUCCGUGGCGAGUCAGGGUUACCUGGGGUUAAAGGUUGGUCAUGUUUCCUGUCUUAUAAUAUAGUUAAAAUCGUGACUGAGUGAGCUCUUUUUUAAAAUCUCAAUAUCCUUGUAUCACUGCCCAGGUGACAGAGGUCUUCCAGGAUUUCAAGGACAGAAAGGUUUGUUUAUAUUACUCUGCGUCAUACAGCUUGUGAUCUUCUUAAUGCUUCUGAUUAUUUUUUAAUUUAUGUUUUUUUUUCUCAGGUGAAACUGGAGACAAAGGACUCAGGGGUCUGCAAGGUUGGUACAGCUCUGUUCAUCUCACUCCAUUCUUUAUUUUCACAUAUCAUGGUGCUUUUCUCUAAUCAACGUGUUUCACACCUCAGGUGAAGCUGGUUUACCAGGACCACAGGGGCCUGCUGGAGAAAAAGGACCCAAAGGAUCGAUGGGUGAGUAAUAGGACCUCCAGCACCAGAUGAUACCAGACUAAAUAUAUCAUUUUCCUCUUUUUGUGUGUUGUUUGAAACCUACCCAUUAUAUAUAAACUGACAGUCAGCACCUGUUUAUCUUAGCGUGAAUUAGUACAAUGAACAGAAACAACUAAACUAACAUAUUUCAGCUGUAGCUUCCUGGACUCUGCUGAUUUACGUAAAACUACCCGAAAUAGUAAAAUAAUCUAAAAAGUAACCAUCUCAUAAGUAGGAAAGCAGGAAGUAGGAAAAACAUGUUUGUAAAUAAUUCUUACUUCUUUUCAAUUGAAGUAAUUUUUAGCAAUCUGGAGUUAAAAUGAGUUUAACUGUCUGAACUUCAUCUUUUCUAUAAAAAGUUGUUAAAUCUCUGAGAUAAUUCAGUUGGUUGAAAUAAAGAGGUAGGAAUUGUAAUAACAAAGAGAGUUCACAGGGGGCAGUAGAGAGGAGACAGCUCAUACAUGCUCUGGUUUUCUCCAAAGUUUUUUUUCACAGGGAUGUAAAUCUCAUGCAUGAUUAUAAAGAUAAACUCUUCCAAUAAAUGAAGUUUGAAAGGUUUCUGACAUUUUGUUAACCAAUGUAUUAUUUUUGAUAUCACCAGGAGUGGCUGGACAUGAUGGUCUCAAAGGAUCAAGAGGUAAAUUUAAUGAGCACUUUAUUUUACAAAUUAGAAUAAUAUUGAAAUUUCACAUCUUCAUGCACAAGUUAAAUGUCACUGAGGAUUAUAAAGCUUCAUUUUUAAUUGAAUAUAUAGUUUUCCAACCUAAAGAGGAAAAACCCAUAAAGAAAUUCUCGGAUGGUCAUGUUUUUAAAUUUUGUCCUUAGGUGAUCAGGGAGCUGCUGGGCCACCUGGACUCAGAGGUCCUGCUGGGCCUCCAGGAGAUAACGGACUUCCAGGUAAACUGAGCUGUACACCACUUAAAUAGAACUUGAUCUCAAACUUGAUAUUUCUUUGUUGUUGGUCGAUAUGAAUUAAGAUUAAUUCAUAAUAUUUCAUUCUCUGCAGGUACACCUGGGCUUCAAGGACCUCCAGGUACACCUCCUAAACCACAUACACUGUAGUAUUGGAGUUGAAGCUAGAGAUCAUAUGUGUUUCUUUUUGCUUUUAUUGCGCUCUACUUUAAAAUGCACUUCGUAUUUGUGUUGAUUACAGGUAUUGCAGGAAAUCCAGGACGUCCUGGUGCUAAAGGUACAGCUCCUCUGCUCUCUGGAUUACUGUAUAUUUCAAAACAUUAAUCCAUGCAUCUCAUGAACCAUCUGUAUGUCUGUUUUUCAAGGUGAAACUGGAGAACCAGGAAGAAUCAUCAACGCAGGUAAAAGAUCAUGAUAAAGUUUAUAUUCAAACACAAAAUUCAUUAAAAUAGUUUAUAACAGACGAUCUAACCCUGUUAUUUUGAUCUCUCAGCUGGCUCCACUUCUGUUGGUAUCCCAGGACCACCAGGGCCUGCCGGUCCUCCUGGCCCUGCAGGACCUCCAGGAUUAUCAGGUCAGAUUAUGUCUGCAGUAUCUCCAUGUUGUUAUUUUGACUCUAUAUCAGACAAAUUAUAGUUGUUGUAGUCGGAGCUUCAUACUCUUGUCUUACCUCUUUAGGUCCCAUUGGCCCUGCUGGUCUGCCUGGCCCAGCUGGUAUGUAAUCAUAUUAUUUUUCCACAACAGAAGAUUUUAGGGUCAUAUGUUACUUUCUUAGUCUCAAAGAUGAUUGUCUUUUUUUCUCUUUAUAGGUCCUAAAGGUGACCGUGGAUAUAAGGGUGAUCAGGGAGAAGCAGGAGUAUCAGUGAGAACGUCUGAAACUGUGCGGACAAGCAGCACCGGCAGUAAGUGUUCGUUUUUCUAGAAGUCUUCUAAUCUGUUAUUAAAAGAGAGCUGCAUGUAGACAUUGUGUUAUGACUCUAAAGCUAAUGGUGACUGACACCAACAAGCUACAUGCUAGCAUUAGCAUUGUCCUGUAAUUGUCUCUUAGCCUGCACUGGUGAACUCUAUAACUUAGAAACUGAUCAAAUAAUUUAUAAUUUUCUAGGACUUCAGAUGACUCACAGAUCUAUUUUCAUUGGCUUUAGGUCAGUUUUCCUCUAGUAGUGGAUACUCAACACAGAGUGGUCCACCUGGUCCACCCGGUCCACCAGGUCCACCUGGACGUCCAGGUAAAUAAGGAACAAAAUGCUCUUUUGUAUAGGAAUUCCGAGAGGAUCAAAUCAUCUCACAUCACAUCAUAUCAUAUCAUAUCAUAUCACAUCAUUGUCAUAUUAUAUCUCAUAUCAUAUCUCAUAUCAUAUCAUAUUAUAUCAUAUUAUAUCUCAUAUCGUAUUGAAUCACAUCAUACCAUAUCACAUCAUUAUCAUCAUUAUCAUCAUUGUCAUAUCAUAUCUCAUAUCAUACCACAUCAUUGUCAAUCAUAUCUCAUAUCAUACCAUAUCACAUCAAUAUCAUAUCUCAUAUCAUAUCUCAGAUCGUAUUGUAUCAUAUUAUAUCAUAUCAUGUCAUUAUCAUAUCAUAUCAUAUCAUAUCAUAUCAUAUCAUAUCACGUCAUUAUCAUAUCAUAUCAUAUCAUAUUGUAUCUUAUAUCAUAUCUCAUAUCACAUCAUUAUCAUCAUUGUCAUAUUUUAUCUCAUAUCAUACCAUAUCAUAUCAUAUCAUAUCAAUAUUUUAUCAUAUUAUCAUAUCAUCAUGUCAUAUCAUAUUUUAUCAUUAUCAUUAUUAUAUGUCCUAACUAAACAGGGCUUACUCCUGUCAUUACAUGAAUCAUUUAUAAUGAUGGCAUUGCUUUUUUGUUAACUUUUAAAUUUGAUGCUCUUUGGAGAAACAACAUCACAAUCCUUCACUUUUAAUGAAUUACUUUUUCCGGUAAGAUUUCAUGCAUCCUCUAUUGUUUCAAAAAUGUUUUCCCCAGGCGAUUCAAGGCAAGGACCACCAGGACCACCAGGGCCUCGGGGAGAACCAGGUGAGCAAUAAAACUUGUCAAAUUGGAGGUCAAUGCUGAUGACAAAAUGUUAUUUGUGUUACUUGAAGCUCAGCCGUUCUUAAUUUCAAAUUGUAAUCCUCAUUUCUGCUCUGUAGGUUACGGCAGACCAGGACCCAAAGGUGACAAAGGAGACGCAGGCUUUUCGUCCAGCUCUGGUAUGAUCCAAAUAUCUUAACCUUUGUUGUGUCCUGAUGAGAGUUUAACGUAUGUCAUUAGAAAACAAAAACAUUUAAACUUUUCUUCUAACAGGAACAUACUACACUGGACCACCAGGGCCUCCUGGACCUGCUGGGCCUAAAGGAUCAACAGGUGAUUAGAUUUUGUGAAGCUGUCUGACUAAAGAUUGAUUUAAAAAAAUAAAUACUGACUUUCAACAUCUCUUUGUCGUUUCAGGAUCUCCUGGACCAAGAGGAUACCAAGGUAAUUAUCUUUGUUUUUGUGUGUACAUUGGUUUUCAGAUCAUUCACAUAAAAUCAGCUGAGAUUUUCACAGUAUUAAUAACUGCAAUGUCUCAUGUGUGUCUCAGGUGAACCAGGUGUACCAGGUAGACCAGGAACCUCUGAAAGAGGUCAGUAUCCAUUCACAAAUGCACAGUCACACUCAAAUCAGAACUUUAUCAAGUGUGGAUUAAUCUUGAACCCACAUUGGAAUUAAAUAUGACAGUAUAUGUACUUCUUUUUUAUAGUGUCAUAUUCUGGAGGGGUUGCAGUUCCUGGACCCCCUGGUCCACCAGGGCCUCCAGGACCUCAAGGACCACAGGGAUACAAAGGUAAGCCUACAGUCUUUUUGAAAUCUGUGAACACUGUCAGUGUUUUCUCCUCUGUUACCCUUUAUCUCCACAGUUGUGUCCUAUAAAAAUAACAUUCAUUUUCUUGUGCAUUAUUUUCAAGGCGACGCCGGAGUUCCUGGAAUUCCAGGCUCUGCAGGAGGUAAUGAUGACACGAUUGUAGCCAAAAUUACUCUUUGUGCUGAUAAAAAAUAUACAGCAGUUAUCAUAAGUCAUUAUUAUCUUUAAAGUUAGAUGCCACAAACUCUGGCUAGGCUCUUAAUUCUCAUAAUUAUCCUUAGGCACCAUCUCAGUUGCCCAAGGCCCUCCUGGUCGUCCAGGCGUUCCUGGUCCUCCUGGCCCUCCUGGCUCCUUCUCCUCCUCUAGCGAGAUGCGACAGUACAUCACUGACUAUCUAAGUAAGAGUUUUUAUCAGGUCAUUUCAGAGACUUGCUGCCUCUCAGGGGAAGCAAAAGAGUAAAAACGUGUUUUUUUGAAUACACAGGUAGACACACACAAUCUAGUGUCCGGGGACCUCCAGGUCCACCUGGGCCCCCAGGGAUCCCUGGAAGCUUCUCAGGCUCUAUGGAGGACAUAUCUGCCCGGCUCAUUGCUUACAUUCAGCGUAAGCCUCUUCUUUACCGCUGUGUUGAUGUAAUUCGCUGUGAUUGCAGUUGAAUGAGGACGUCAAUUAAAUGUGUUUUGCAAUUCCAGGUUCUGGCUCUAGCCUCAACAUAGGUGUUCAGGGACCACCAGGUCCACCUGGUCCUCCUGGAGCCAGCUCUGGUUCUUUCAGCGUCACUGCUCUCAUCGCCAUGCUUCAGAGUAAGUACAAAACUCUGGAACUGGACUUUGUUGUCUUCGCCCACUUUUCUCUAUGAUUUCCAUUUGACUUUUAUAACAAAACUCUUUAUGGUGUGAUCUGCACAGGGGAUGAUGUGAGGAGAUAUUUGUUAGGACCACAAGGACCUCAAGGACCACCUGGGCCACCAGGAGCAUCAGGAGGAAUCACAGCCAGUUACAGCGUUGAGGAGAUUGCCAGAUAUGUCUUCAAUAUCAUGAACGGUGAGUAAACAAUCCCAUGAAGAGAACUGAAAAAACCCUAGAACAGAUGUCUGAACUCCUUUUUUGUGUCUUAUCUUCAGAGAGAGGAAUUGCUCGAGGUCCACCUGGGCCACCUGGUCCUGCUGGUCCUGCUGGUGCAGGGGGAGCUGGCUUCACUACUGCUACGAUCGAUUACAGUGCGCUGGCAAGAAGUAAGUUGUAUUGAUAUUUUCAGUGAGAGAUUCAUUUUGCUCAGAAUUAAUCUGCUGGUGGCACUCAUGUAUAAACUUCUUACUGUUCCUCUUAGACGCUGAUUUCCGCGCAUGGAUGACAUCCAUCGCACAACAAGGUACUCCUGGCCCUCCAGGCACCCCAGGAACGCCAGGCCCUCAAGGCCCUCAGGGUCCUCAGGGCCCUCGUGGGCCUCCAGGAUACUCCUCUGCCACAGUGUAUGGAGCAGGAGGACAAGGUCACAGUUUGGAGGAGAUUCAGCGUUAUCUGCAGGGUUAGUCUGACUGAGAGUGAACACAGUGUUUUAUUUACUGCGUCACUUUUACCAGAACUAUUACCUCUAUCUUUCAGUGAGCUUUUACGACUUUAGUUGACACAGGCAGGUAGCAUGAUGGUAAAACCCAAAGUAAAACAAAAUCAAAACUUACCUCUACAACCAAAAAUUACUGAAGUAAAUCUAUUUGACUCUGAAUUUCAAGUUCAGACAUCCUCUCUACACACAUUAAAAUUACAUCAUCUUUAGAUUGAGAUUUAAUCGAAUAAUAAAAUCAAAAACAUCACAAGUAAAAUCUCAUGGAAACCUUGGAUAACAUCACAACUUGAGAGCAUAUUUAUUCAAAAUAGGUUUGAAUAUCAAGUACGUAUGAAACACUUCUUUUAGUUUCUUCGUGUUUACAGGUGCAUGCAGGUUUACUUUUUUCAGUUAAACAGCAGAGGAUUACAAAUCAACUUAACAAAAUGCAUAUUUUGUACUUUUUUCAGGUUCUGGUUUCAGAGGCCUUCCUGGCCCUCCUGGUCUUCAGGGUCCACCGGGACCACAGGGUCCACCAGGCAGUUACUCUGGAACAAUUUCCUACAGUGGAAACUUCCCUCGGGAGAGCGUCCGCACUGAAAUUCAGCAGUAUCUGACCAGUAAGUUCCUCUCCUCCCACUCAGUGUUUGAGGUCAAACUGAAUUUAACCUCCAUGAUGCUGCUUUUCACUAGAAUUACAAACUAAGAUCCUGAAAAAAAGAGCUUAUAUAAGAGCAGAUAUCACAGACGGAUGUAUUUUCUGCAGGUGAUGAUGUUCGUCGUUCCAUCAUUGGUCCUCCUGGGCCUCCUGGACCGAGGGGAGAGAAAGGAGAGCGUGGAGAACCAGGUUACAUUCAGGGCUACGUACAGAGCCAGAGCUACUCUCAGGGUGACUCUCGUGUCUCCGGCUCCAGCUCCAGCUCCAAGCGCUCAGACACUGACAUCAGCAGACUCGCUGAGAGAUUGGACUACUCCAACGUCGCCAUGAAAGUCACAGAUUAUAUCAAGAGUGAGUCCAUCAAAUUUAUUCUGUAGAUAUACUCUUACUGCAGUUCCAAUAAUACUUUCCAGGACGUGGAAAUCAACAUGAGCCCACUUUAACCUCGAUUUGUGGACGUUUUACAUAAAUUCUGCAGCAUUAGAAAGAAUACUCUGAGAGAUACUUCUUGUAAGUGGACCGAUAUUUGUUUAACCUUCAGCCUGUUGAUUUGAAAAUGAAGAAAAUGUGAAGGUCCAUAAUUCUCUGGAUGAAAUCUCAGCCAGGGUUUUGAGGAGAAGCUUUUUAUCACAGAUGACUGGGCUGACAAGGGCUUUUGGUUGUAUUGCUGUGGGACUUUAACCCAUAAGGACCCACCGUGACUCUGCUUGUUCCACAUAUUCUGGCAAACCAUCAUGUUAGGCCUGGUCAAUGCACGGUUGCUUUACCGCCGCGAUUGCAAACUACUCUGUUUCAAAAGGCCACAGAUCUGACCCACAGAACCAGAUUAAAGUCUGAAUAAGUAAUUUACAUCUUCCACUUCUGCUCAACAACAAGUCAAAAAAAGUCAGCCAAGAGUCAUUACGGUCUUUUUAAUUCCCUCAAUCUCCUUGAUCAGGUGAAGGCCUGCUGCAGGACUACUUGGUUGAUGGUUCUUGGAGAGCAAACGUCAGAGCCAUUCAAGGCCCAGCCGGUCCACCUGGUCCUCCUGGACCACCUGGUAUAAGCCGUGUAAUUGGAGCCUACGGCAACGUAACAGCUGACCUCAUGGACUUCUUCAGAAGUGAGUAUACAGUGUCUAGUCUUACAAUGAUGAUAAAAGUAUCUAUGCCGCUGCUUCAUCAUGUUUUAAUCUGUGAUUUUGCUCUGCUACAGGAUACGGCACCAUCCCAGGUCCUCCGGGAAUCCCCGGAACAAAGGGAGACAGAGGGUACCCUGGACCCAGAGGAGAAAAGGGUACAUAGAGUUCACAAAACUAUACGUUUAUACAACAGUCUGGAUGAAUCCUAAAUUCUGAUUGGCUACAACGUUCAGUCUUUUCGGGAUUUUGCAUAAACAUUUCUAGGCUCUUUACUGCUCUGAAGCAUAAAUCCGUAACCAUAGCAACAUGAAAGUCAGUCUAAAGCAGUGGUUCUCGAGUCCAGUCCUCGAGGCCCCCUGUCCUGCAUGUUUUGGAUGUUUCCGUGCUCCAACACACCUGAUUCAAAUGAUCAGCUCGUUAGUAAGCCAUUACAGAGCUUGAUAACGAGCUGAUCAUUUGAAUCAGGUGUGUUGGAGCAGGGAAACAUCCAAAACAUGCAGGACAGGGGGGCUCGAGGACUGGACUUGAGAACCACUGGUCUAAAGGAAACUGAACUGAACUGAACUCAACUUUAUUUAUAGAGCACUUUAAAUACAACCAAAGCUGACACAAAGUGCCGUACAUUAUAACAUAAAAAAACAAUAAAAAGUAAUAAAACAAAUGCUGUCUCAUGCUGGGUCAAAAGCCAAGGAAUAAAAGUGGGUUUUAAAAACGGACAAACUGGAAAUUAACAUUGUGUUAGUCAGUAUCUGCUUAUUCCACACAUACUUGCUAACUACACAUUUUUUAGAUACGUUAAUAUGAUGUUUUGACCAACUAGUCACUAGUCAAUUAUGAGGAGUUUAUUAAAACCCUUCAGCACAAUCAGAAUCCAGUAUCCAUCCAAACUCUGCAUUUUUCCAAAUAUACCUGCGCUUGUUUCAGUUUUAGUGAUGUGAUGUUUCUUUUAUGCUCAGGUGAUCGUGGACAGCCAGGUUUACCAGGACUACCAGGAUCUUACACUGUCCAAAUUCCAUCUAGAAUACAGAAGAGGGAUGCAGGUAACCUCCUUUGAACGAUAAUGGCAGUAAAAAGCACGAUCAUCAUCAUGUAUGGAUAACUCAUCGCUACAUUUUUUUUGUUUUAUCCAACAGACAAAGAAGUUGUCGGUCGUCAUAAGCAGAGACGCCGUCGAGCCGUUGGCGUCUAA